CAGUUAUGGUUCUUUUCGCACAUGAUAAGCUCCCAUAUGCGUAAAAGACACGAAUCGGACCUUAUCUCAUGGGUGCAAGUUUAUAUUCAGCAUUUUUCUGACUUAUCAAAGCACCAAACCAAAGAUGGCUGAGACUAUCCUUAGUGUUGUUGCUGAGGAAAUAAUAGGCAAGCUGAUUUCAGUUACUACUGAGCAGAUCAGCCUUGCUUGGGGUUUCAAGGAGGAGUUGACAAAACUUCGUGACUCAUUAACCACGAUUCAAGCUGUGCUGGCUGAUGCGGAGAGAAGGCAAGGGAGCGAAGAGUUCGUGAAGCUUUGGCUGCGAAGGCUUAAAGAUGUUGCUUAUGAUGCCGAUUACGUGCUGGGCGAGUUAGAUUACGAGAUUCUCCGGCGAAAGGUAGAGAUUCGAAACCAAAUGAAGAGAAAGGUAUGCUUCUUCUUUUCAUUCUCAAACCCCAUUGCUUUCCGUCUCAAGAUGGCCAACAAGAUUAAGUCUAUUCAUGAAUCGCUAAAAGAGAUUAAUGAUAAAGCAAAUUCAUAUGGAUUUGCUAGAGCGAGUCCAGUAAAUGCAAACCUAGAGAUUAUCCCAAACCGAGAGACAGACUCCUCCCUUGAUCAUUCAGAAGUUGUAGGAAGGGGAGAUCAUGUCUCAAAAAUAGUUGACUUGCUAACUGGGGCAACCAAAGAACAACUCUAUGUCGUUUCUAUAGUAGGAAUGGCAGGUAUGGGAAAGACAACUUUAGCAAAACAAGUGUACAACGAUGAGCGAGUAAAGAGACAUUUUGAUAGGACAAUAUGGGUAUGUGUCUCCGAUCAUUUUGAUGAUAAAAGGAUCUUGAGAGAGAUUCUUGAGCUCGUUACCCAUACCCCAAAUAAAUUAGAAAAUAAGACUGCGAUUCUUGAAUGCCUUCAAAAAGAGUUGCAAGGAAAAAAAUAUCUUCUCGUACUUGAUGAUGUAUGGAACGAAGAUCUAAUAAAAUGGGAUACUUUGAGGAGUUGUCUAUUAGGAGUUAAUUCAAAUAUGGGAAAAAUUAUUAUUGUAACAACUCGUAAAAGCAAUGUGGCUGAAAUUAUGGAGACACUUCCUCGAUGUAAUUUAAAAAGACUAUCAGAUGAUGAAUGUUGGUUUAUAAUCAUGAAAAAAGUAUCUUGUAAUGAAAUUACUCCAGAUUUGGAAGUUAUCGGAAGAGAGAUUGCUAAAAAAUGUGGAGGGGUUCCAUUAGUUGCGAGAAUUUUAGGAGGGACAAUGUCUUGUAAGAAGGGGAAAAGUGAAUGGUUAGCAAUUCAAAAUAGUAAAGUUUGGAAUUCUCCACUUGACAACUAUGGAAUCUUACCAAUACUAAAAUUAAGCUUUGAUCAUCUUUAUCCACCAUCUCUAAAAAGUUGUUUCACAUAUUGUGCAAUUUUUCCUAAAGAUUAUGAAAUGAAAAAGGAAGAAUUAAUUCAACAUUGGAUGGCUGAAGGGUUCCUUCAAUUGUCUCCAGGAAGAUCAGUAAUGGAGGAUAUUGGUAAUGAGUAUUUUAACAUUUUGUUGGCAAAUUCCUUAUUCCAAGAUAUAGAAAGGGAUGGUUAUGUGAUAUUGUUAGUUGCAAGAUGCAUGAUUGCCCUAAGUAUCUACAAUCUAGAGCACGUGAGAGAUAAAGAAGAAGCCAAAAGUGCAAAAUUAUCGGAAAAGAAAGGAGUAAACAAGUUGGGAUUCCAUUGGAAUAGUGAAAGAGAAGGCACCAUUAACGAUGAAGAUGUAUUGGAAGGCCUUCAGCCUCACCCAUGUUUGAAAAGCUUAAAGAUAGAAAACUUCCAGGGUGAGAAGUUCCCUUCAUGGAUAUUGGCGCGCAAUAACAGUAGUGGUGGUAUGUUACUCUUGGACCAUUUGUUGGAAAUCUUCUUAGAAAAUUGUAACAAGUGUGAAAAAAUUCCUACACUUGGGCAUUUAUCUCAUCUCAAGGUUCUUAAAAUAAAGGGAAUGAAUAAUGUGACAUGUAUGGGAACAGAGUUUUAUGGCAAUUAUAGUGGUGAGGGAUCGAGUAAUAGUAGAGGUGAUAAUGGUAGAAAUGCAAUGUUCCCCUCUUUGGAAAAACUUGUUUUGGAGGACAUGCCCAAUCUAGUGGAAUGGAAGGAUGCGAUGGAGCCAACAAUAACAACAGCAGGAAUGGUUUUUCCUUCCCUCAAAGAAUUGGAAAUUAAAAAAUGUGGCCAGCUCAUAAGUGCUCCAUGUCAUUUUCCAGCUCUCAAGCAACUAAUGAUUGACAACACCAAAAGCAUUGCAUUCAAAAACAUUUGCAGUAAUCUUACUACACUCACGAACCUUUCCAUAGGGGGAGUAUCAGAACUUUCUUGUUUGCCAGAGCAGCUAUUGCAAAAUAAUGCGAGUCUCAUGGAUCUUAGGAUAAGGAGAUGUGCUGAUUUGGAGUCCAUCUCGCCACAUGAGGAUGUGUGGGCCUUCUGCACCUCUCUCCGAUCAAUUCAAUUAGAUCACUGUGAGAAAUUGAGUUAUUUAGCGGACACACUGCGCACCCUUCAAUCUCUCGAGAAAUUAGUAGUAUUCGAGUGUCCUAAUUUGAGGUCUUUUCCAAGUAUACAAGGUGUGGCGUCCCUUCAAUCAUUGGCCAUCUUUUCAUGUCCUAAUUUGAUAUCAAUUCCAGAUAUAGGAGAAUGCUUAAAGACUUUGACGAUUGGUGGGUUUUUUGAGGAGCUGGAUGCUUUCCCCAGUCUCAAUCCCAUCCAACACUUGCGCGCCUCCCUUGAAAAGCUAGACUUGUAUGGAUGGGACAAACUCAACUCUCUUCCGGACGAAAUCAAAUACUUCACUGCUCUUAAAUCUCUGUGUAUAUCUGGAUUUGAUGGAAUGAAAGCUUUGCCCGAGUGGUUGGGCAACCUUUCUUCACUUCAAAUUCUGGAUCUUAAUGACAACAAGAACUUGAUGGAAAUGCCGACAGUGCAAGCCAUAAGCAUUAGUGGUUGCCCCGAAUUAAAGGAAAGAUGUGCGAAGGGGAGUGGCACAGAGUGGUCCAAAAUUGCACAUAUUCCACGUAUCCAAAUCUAA